CCCGGAGCAAUCGCGACCUGGUUCUCUCUAUCUCUGCCGCCGCCGCCGCCCCGGAUCCCUCUUCUUCCCCGCGCUCUGCUGGUACUGGAGUGAACUGGCGUGGAGCUCCUUCCGGAGCUUGCAUCGGUCUCUUCUUUGCUCGUUUUCGGAUGUUGAACGAUUUUAUCAGAAGAGUGCUUUUGGAUGAUUGCAUAGUUGUAGCUUGCUAAAUGUAGAUUGGGAGCCCCUGCCUUUCCUGCUUAUACAGCUAUAUUAUGGCACCACGCAGUAGGUCUUCAUCUAGAAGGCCUCUCUGGAUCAUCAUCUUGAUUGCUUUUGUCUGUGCAGUAGUCACUGGAGCCUAUCUUUAUACUCCCCAGCAUUACACAGCUUGUUACCUGGUAUCAUCAGAUGCCUGUAGUUCUCAGCCUCCUCCAGAACCUGCUAGGGUAUACACUGAUGCUGAGAUUGCUGCUCGUGCUAUCAUGAGAGACAUCAUUCGUGCACGGCCGGUGCAGUCGAAGAAUCCAAAAAUUGCUUUCAUGUUCUUGACACCCAGUUCAUUGCCCUUUGAGAAGCUUUGGGAAAAGUUCUUCAUGGGACAUGAAGACAGAUACACCAUUUAUGUACAUGCAUCAAGAGAUAGGCCAAUUCAUACAAGUCCAAUAUUCACUGGCAGGGAUAUACGGAGUGAAAAGGUGAUCUGGGGUACAAUUUCUAUGGUUGAUGCUGAAAAGAGGCUCUUGGCUCAUGCACUACAGGAUCCUGAAAACCAGCAUUUUGUCUUGCUUUCUGAGAGUUGUGUACCACUGCAUAACUUUGACUAUAUACAUAGUUAUCUCAUGGAAACAAACGUCAGCUUUGUUGACUGUUUUGACGAUCCUGGCCCACAUGGAGCAGGUAGAUAUUCUGAGCAUAUGUUACCUGAAAUUGUGAAGAGAGAUUGGAGAAAAGGUGCACAGUGGUUCACAGUGAAACGACAGCAUGCGGUUCUUAUUCUCGCUGACACCCUUUACUAUGGAAAGUUCAAGCGCUACUGUAAGCCAGGAAAUGAAUGGCAUAACUGCUACUCUGAUGAGCACUAUUUGCCAACUCUCUUUAAUAUGGCUGAUCCAUCAGGAAUUGCAAAUUGGUCGGUGACACAUGUAGAUUGGUCCGAAGGGAAAUGGCAUCCUAAAGCCUAUAGGGCUGUUGAUACAAGUUUUGAGCUGCUCAAGAAUAUAUCAUCCAUUGACGAAAGUGUUCACGUUACCAGCAACGCAAAGCAUGUAGUGAUGAGAAGGCCUUGCAUGUGGAACGGCAUGAAGAGGCCCUGCUACCUGUUUGCGCGGAAGUUCUACCCUGAGGCGCUUGACAACCUGAUGAACAUAUUCUCCAACUACACAAUCAUUUGAGGAACGGACUGGAGGCACCAGCAGUCAUUUUCUUGCUUCCCUUGAGCGUUGCUGCGUCGCCUGGCACCCAGUGAGUAGUGUAGGGGUUGUACUUGGUGAUGGAAUUCAGUAGCUGAACUGAAAAAAGCAGAUGCUACCUGUUGCUGCCCUUUCUCAGUUUCUCUGUAGUGGCUAAGUUAUUUGCCUGCCCUUGGAACGGCAAAAAAUUGCUGGUAUAAACAUUGGCUAGGUGUAAUGUAUGCUGUGUUGUUGUUG